UCCUUUCGUUCGGCAAUGGCGGAUCGGAUGAGAAAAUUGAUGAAAGAAGAAUUCGUAACCUACGCCUACAUUCUCCUCUACAUCGCCCUCUCCAGCGGUCAGAUCUUCUUCAACAAGUGGGUUUUGUCAUCAAAGGAAAUAAAUUUCCCAUAUCCUCUCGGAUUAACUCUGCUUCACAUGGUCUUUUCCUCUGUACUGUGUUUUGUGCUCACUAAAGUUUUCAAGAUUAUGAAAGUUGAGGAAGGGAUGACCCCCGAAAUAUAUGUUACAUCAGUCAUCCCAAUUGGUGCAAUGUUUGCAAUGACUCUUUGGCUGGGAAAUACUGCUUAUCUCUAUAUAUCUGUUGCCUUUGCUCAAAUGUUGAAAGCAAUUAUGCCAGUAGCUGUUUUCAUUCUUGGAGUUGCAGCUGGACUUGAAAUGAUGAGCUGCAGAAUGCUUUUAAUAAUGUCAGUGAUAAGUUUUGGUGUUCUAGUGGCUUCAUAUGGGGAGAUUGAUAUUAACUGGAUUGGUGUGGUUUACCAAAUGGGAGGUGUUAUUGGGGAAGCUUUGAGGCUUAUAUUCAUGGAGAUUUUUGUUAAAAGGAAGGGUCUCAAACUAAACCCUAUUUCUGUCAUGUACUACGUUAGUCCUUGCAGUGCUCUUUGCUUGUUCAUUCCGUGGAUUUUUCUAGAGAAGCCAAAGAUGGAUGCCCAAGGGACAUGGAGCUUUCAACCUGUUAUCCUAACACUCAACUCUCUCUGUACUUUUGCACUCAAUCUAUCAGUUUUUCUUGUGAUCUCGCAUACAAGUGCUUUGACAAUUCGUGUUGCUGGAGUUGUCAAGGAUUGGGUGGUUGUCUUACUAUCAGCCCUUCUGUUUGCCGAUACAAAGCUGACAAUGAUAAAUCUGUUUGGUUAUGGCAUUGCCAUUGCAGGUGUAGCUGCAUAUAACAACCACAAGUUGAAAAAGGAAGCUUCUCGAGGCUCCUCUGAUGAGUCUCAACAUACUGAAUCUACGCCAUUAACUUCAUCCUCAACUACUGAAAGUAGAUAAAUAGAGAACGGUCUCACAGUUUAGUCUGAGCUACUUCGACAGGUCAAAAACAACAUAGGCAGUCGUAAGUGAUGUGUAAAGAUUGAGAAGGUUGGGCAGUUAUUGAAGUUUGUUCGUUUUUAGGGAACCCCUAAACAAGAAGGAAUUUUUUUGUAUGUAAAAGUAAUUUCUCAGUUUAAUUGAUAGUGAAACUUGAUAUCUUACACCAUAGGAAGAAAAAAUUUGGCAUUGAAACUCAAAGUAUAUUUGAUGGUGCUGACAAUUAUUACUUACAGAAAUUUGUAGCUGUUUGAGAUCUGAAAUGUUGGCUUGCCAAAUGCUAGACCUACAGGCUUAAUUUUUUUGGUAAGUCUAAUCUAAUGCAUAAUCAGUUAAAGCUCCCAUUUCAAUCCAAGAAAAGGGAUUGAAA